CACCGCCGCGCGCCGCGGCGAAGGACACAGCGCCCGAGCGGGGCCGAACGGGACCGAACGGGACCGGAGGGAGCCGAGCCGGGCCGAACCGGAGCGAGCCGAGCCGAGCCGAGCCGGGCCGAACCGGAGCGAGCCCAGCGGGGCCGGGCCGGGCCGAACCGGAGCGAGCCCAGCGAGCCGAGCGGGCUCAGGCGCCAUGAGCGGCCCCUCAGAGGAUGAAAGGCUGCGGGUGCAGCAGCUCCGCGCCCUGCGGCGCCGCUGGCUGCGGGACCAGGAGCUGAGCCCGCGGGAGCCGGUGCUGCCGCCGCGGCGGCUCGGGCCCGUGGCCGCCUUCUGGGAGCGCUUCGUGCGGCCCGGGGAUCCCUGGCGGCUGCAGGUGCACAAGCUCUACCAGACCGGCAGCUUCGUCCUGCUGCGGGUGCUGCUCCCCGCCUGGGCCAUCACCUACUACCUGAAGUACCACGUCCGGAAAUCGCCGCACGGUGUGGUUAUGACAAACCCACGGAUAUUCCCAGGGGACAGGAUUUUAGAGACUGGAGAGAUCAUGCCACCCCUGAGAGACGAGCACCACCAGCACCACUGAUGGCCAGGAGCCAGUUUCCUCUGUGGGGGAACAUGGCCAGAGCUGCACCUGCUGUGUCUCUUCCAUAAAAGUCUGCAUUGUCUCA